UGGAGUGUUUGAGUACACAUGGAAGGAACUUUCAAUUUGGCUGGAACACUUGGAUAAUACAAAAGAAGACCAGAAGGAAGCAGUGAUUCAGUUUUUGGAAAGGGUAACCGUGUUCAAAUUAGCUGGAUAAACAACGCAAAGAACAGUGUUAGUGGAAACUAGAGAUUUUGUUGCUAUUGUUGAGAAACCUGUCAAAUAGCAGUGAGUGAAUUCUGAGAAAAGCAUUGUUUGGGAUUCUUUAUACAAAGGUGGCAUUGUUCUUGUCUUCAGUGGGAGGGACAGCAAAAUGAUGAGUGGGAAAAUUAAAUCCAAAAAGAUCCGUUGUUAUGACAGCAUUUAUUGUUGGUAUAAGGAUAGAGUGUUGUAUGUGUGGAUAGCUUUUAUCUCCUCUUUAGGUGCCAAAAUUAUCAGACCUCAGUAAAAUGUGAUCUUUUACAAGGAAAGCUGACACUUCCUGUUUACUCUUCAGGAUGUUGAAUGCCCAGUGCUUCAUUUCCAGUGCGGUCUUCCCAGGGACUCAGUCUGUGGUAGCAAUCUAGAUGCCAAAUUGCAGUGGACAUUUAUCUUUUCCAUCAGUGUCCCCUGUAGAGCAGGAAUCGUGGACGGAAUCCUGCAGAAGUAAUAUGGAACUUGUCCUCCUAAAACCUGCCCAGCUUCCAACCACUUCUAGCACAUGGUCUUUCUUAGCAACAGAUGGUUCCCCUGCACUUGACAGCUGGUGCACUUACUUUUCUCCCCACCUUUGCUGACAGAUCCUUCUGAAGCUGGUGACAAAGCCCUAUCCCUACACAGACAAGGCAGCAGACGUGGUUCAGGAAGCCAGCAUGCUCCAGGUUGCUAUGUUUAAACAGGACUCUGAUAACAUCAGCAUCCCUGUCUCUCACAUUGAUGAUGUCCUGGAUAUGGUGGAUGUUCUGAUCGAGGGCAGUGAUGGCUUCGAUGAAGAAAUUGGGUUCUCUUUAAAUGAAGACAUGAUUAUCCAAACAUUUCCUUUCAGUGCUGUUGUCCCUGCUGCAUUAGAAGCCAGGAAUAUACUGUUGCUUCAGUCUGAACAUGGAACAGGAGCACACAUUGUGGAGUACCUUGUUGCUGUUUUCACUGACCUCCUGCACUCUCAGAGAGAACCCCUUGCUCUCUGCUUCAUGUUCCAGCUCUAUGAGAAAGGUCUCAAGUCCCUGAAAGUUGCUAAAUGUCCUCAGCUCUACCAGUUUAACAGAUACCAUAAACUCUGGAUACCCAAGCGAUCCCAGGAACCUGUGGUACAAAAUACUUGAAGUCACUGAAUUCUUAAACCAGUA